UGCAAUCCACUUAACUCUUUUCUGUGGGUGUAGUAUACACAUGCAGCUCAGUUCUGAAAAGAAGAGAAAAAAAGCUAUCGAGAUGGAAGUAGUAGAAGAAGACCGAUGUCGCAGCUGUUUCAAUAGCUGGGUUAUGCAACAAGAAGUAGAUCUGCAAGAGCUCCUUCAAACACUAACCCAAUACCCAAGAGAUGAAGAAAAGCUUCGAAUGGUAGUAGAGAAGAACAUCCAACACUUCCAAGAGUAUAACGAGAAACGAACCAUUCUGGCCCAAGACCAUGCACCAUCUUUCUUCUGCCCAGCCUGGUGCACCUCCUUCGAGAAUUCCUUCCUUUGGAUCGCUGGUUGCAGGCCUACCCUCUCCAUCCGACUCGUCUACGCUCUCUGUGGUUCAGAACUCGAAGCUCAACUCGGCGAGUUCCUUAGAGGGGUUAGGAGGGGUAACCUUGCCGAGUUGUCAGCGAGUCAACUCAACCUUGUCAAUGACCUUCAUUGCAACACCAUCAGGGAGGAGGACAAACUGUCCUCCAAGAUGGCUAGUCUACAAGAGGAAAUAGCGGACCAGCCGCUUGCUCUGAUGGCAAUGGAGUCGAACCGGGUUGGAGACACUAGUGAGCGGGUGGACCGGGUUCUUGAUGGACACGCGCUUGGGUUGGCAGCCAUCUUGGAGGACGCCGAUAAGUUGAGGCUGCGAACGCUGAAGGAGCUGACGAACAUCUUAACACCACUGCAAGGAGUUGAUCUUCUGGUGGCAACUAGGAAGCUUCACCUCUCCCUUCACGAAUGGGGAAAGAAAAGGGAAUCCAAGCAGCGUCACAGCACAACCAUCUCCUGCUCAGCAGAGUAAUAAAGCCUACAAUAAAGAAUCUUCCUGGCCUCUUAU